UUAAAGAUUUCUCAAAAUCUUUAGCAAUUCUAAUCUGUUUAUGAACCACCCAAAUUCCUCUUCCCUUAUCCAUUUCCCCCUUCAUCUUAUUCCAUACAAACCCCCUUUCUCCCAUCCUUCCCAUCAUCUUCAAUUUCCCCCCAUUUUCUCUUCCACUCAGGCAUCAUUUCAAUGGCUACAGCUUCCGCUACCCUCUCGCCGGCUAUGCCCACCGCCGCCCCCAUCGCCGCCGGCUCAAGGCGGCAGAGGCAAACCAAUGUCCACUACAUAACUGGGCUUAACUCCUUUGGUGGCUUGAAAGCUCACAACAAUGUCGUCUCCUUGGGCCUUCCGGUUUGUGCUGAUCAAUCAUUUGCUAACAUUAUGAGUUCUUUGAAAUACCCAUCAAAGGGAAAAGGGAAAAACGGCGGUGGAGCUCUCUCUUCCACUUGUAAUGCCGCUGGUGAGAUUUUCAGGAUUGCUGCCAUUAUCAAUGGGCUUGUUCUUAUUGGAGUGGCUGUGGGGUUUGUUCUUCUUCGGAUUGAAGCAUCUGUGGAAGAGGCAGAAUGAGAAGCUACUAAAAAUGGCUGAUAAUGGUUUCAGUUAUAUGAAAUUUGUAAGUUAAUCUGUUGCUUUUUACCAGUUAUGGUAGAACUCAAUUGUUUCCAUCAGUCAAAACAAUUGACAAAAUUCAUUUUGCCUAUUUAUAUCCCCUGCUUUCUCAUUUCAAAAUAAUGGCAUUGUAGUAUAUUGUUCAUCUGCUUGGGUUUCUCUGCAAGAGGAAAUGCAUAUUCUUGUAAAUUC